AUGAUAUUCUUUAUGGAUAAACACUAUGAAAGCAGUGUGGUGACAUUGGGGAAUGGGCGGGUGGCUUAUCCGGUGGUGGCGGUGUCAUGCUCAGGUCUCUGGGCCGCACCAGGGGCGGUCUGGUCCAGAUCCUCUGUGCCAGAGACCGCGGGGGUCGGGGUGCACAUCGAGCCCCACUACCGGCAGUUCCUGGGGCUGACCCGCCAGCAGGUGAUCCACGGUGAACUCCUCAGUGGCUUCAUGUGGUUCUGGAUCCUGUGGCACUUCUGGCACAACCCGGACGCAGUACUGGGUCACUUUCCUUACCCUGAUGCUUCAAAAUGGACAGAUGAGGAAUUGGGGAUCCCUCCUGAUGAUGAAGAAUAGAUUUACGGCUCCAGCUACCAAUGUGUCCUGUGGUAGGAUCUCUGAAGAAGUUGAGGCUUUGGCUCCUGUAUAACUGUUUCAGCAAUUCCACAUUGUAAAUAAAAACUCAAGC